AUGGGCAAGUCGAAGGGCUCAAAGCGCGCCUUGGAGGCGCAGACGGCGGAGAACAACGCGACAAGUGAUGGGCAAAACUUGACAGAGCUGGAGCUGGCGCGGGCGGCGAUCAUCCAGCGCAAUCGUGAGCGACUCCUGGCGCUGGGAAUACCAAGCCUGCGAGCGGAGCUGGAGGGCGGUAGCGGCAAAGGGGCCAAGAAGAAGAAGGCCAGGAAGGAGGAUGCAGCCAAGCUGCGGGUGAAGCGGGAGGCGGGCGCAGAGGAGCACCCAAGUCGGCGAUCGACACGCCUACAGGAGGCACAGGAGCACCCUAAAACCAAGGAGGAGAGCGCGUCAGAGAAGUUCGAUCGGGAGCUGGGGGAGUUUGUUGUGGAGGGGAAGUGCCCUCGCUGUGGCCGCGUGAUGGAGCGUGGGCACAGGCAGCACCUGCAGAGCUGCACCGGCAAGCCAAGGGCGGGCGCUGCGGCACCGAGGCCCUAUGAUGCGGCGCUGGAGGAGCUGAGCCAGGAGGAGCGCAAAGAUGCUCAUGCCCGGUUGCUUGCCCGUAUGAAGCAUCUGCACCUUGACGGCCUCACAGAGCUGUCAGCAACAGAGGCCAAGUUCGCAGUGCUCGGCUCCACAGGCAACCACUACACCGUAACACUGAAGGACGGCGACAAGCACUCGUGCGGCUGCCUGGACUUUAGGUUUCGACGCCACUUCUGCAAGCACAUUUGCCUUGUGUUAACGGGACUGGGCAGGUUGGAUCGCCCAACAGAGUGGCGGGAUGCGGUGGAGGAGCGCAUGGCGGAGCUGGUGCAGCAGCAGCGGGAGCAGGAGCGGCUGCACUGUGCAGCGCCGCCGCACAGCAAAGAUGAGGAGGUGGGGCUCAAAUUCGUGUAAGGGAGCCCUGAUGCAUUAGCAAGUGCUAGCUGCGAUACCAGUCCAGUUGGGAGUAUUGACCAGCUUCUUGUCAAGCUACAUGCUUGCAUGCCCUGCUCUGCCUGUUUAUCCCUCAGUAUCAGGAAAUUAACUGCUGAUCUGUGUAACACUGUAAGUGGUAAUGGG